UGAGGAUUAAAAGGCUGGGAAACCUGUCCACUGGUUGAUUCUGAAAAUCUUCCAGCUUUCAGGCACUUGAGAAAGCCUUGUGGAUCUAUUAGAUUUUGUAUCAAGACCUUGAGAAUAAAAUACACAUGGCACAGAUUGUAACAUUUUUUCAGAUGCUGUUAGUUCUGCUACUUCAUGAUUAUAUCUCAGCUGAAGAUGGCGAAACAAGAGCAAGUUGCCGAACUGCUCCGGCAGAUUUAGUUUUUAUCUUGGAUGGCUCUUACAGUGUUGGCCCAGAAAACUUUGAAAUAAUCAAAAGUUGGCUUGUCAACAUUACAAGAAAUUUUGACAUAGGGCCAAAGUUUAUUCAAGUUGGAGUUGUCCAGUACAGUGAUUACCCUGUACUUGAAAUUCCCCUUGGAACUCAUGAAUCCACUGAGAACCUCAUCAGGGAAAUGGAGUCCAUACACUAUCUAGGAGGAAAUACAAGAACAGGAAGAGCUAUUCAAUUUGCCUUUGACCAUCUUUUUGCAAAAUCUUCACGAUUUUUAACAAAAAUAGCAGUAGUUCUCACUGAUGGAAAGUCCCAAGAUGAAGUCAAAGAUGUAGCAGCAGAAGCAAGGAAAAAUAAGAUCACUUUGUUUGCAAUUGGUGUUGGCUCAGAAAUUGAGGAGGAUGAACUUAAAGCUAUUGCCAAUAAACCUUCAUCAACUUAUGUGUUUUAUGUUGAAGAUUAUAUUGCAAUAUCAAGAAUUAAAGAAGUGAUAAAACAGAAACUCUGUGAAGAAUCUGUUUGUCCAACAAGAAUUCCAGUGGCAGCUCGAGAUGAAAAAGGAUUUGACAUUCUUGUAGGAUUAGGUGUGAAGAAAAAAGUUAAAAAGAGAAUUCAAAUAUCAACCACUAAUGCAAAAGCUUAUGAAGUAACCUCACGUGUUGACCUCUCAGAAUUAACAAGGAACGUGUUUCCAGAAGGUCUCCCUCCAUCCUAUGUGUUUGUUUCCACUCAAAGAUUUAAAGUCAAGAAGACAUGGGAUUUGUGGAGAAUCCUGAGUCUAGAUAGGAGACCACAGAUAGCAGUCACUGUUAAUGGAGAAGAAAAAACAUUAUCAUUCACUACAACAAGUUUAAUAAAUGGCACACAAGUUAUUACAUUUGCUGCACCUCAUGUAAAGACAUUGUUUGAUGAAGGCUGGCAUCAAAUUCGUCUCUUAGUAACAGAAGACUUUGUAACUUUGUAUAUAGAUGGCCAAGAUAUUGAAACAAAGCCAUUACAUCCAGUUUUGGGUAUUUACAUCAGUGGCCUAACCCAAAUAGGAAAGUAUUCUGGAAAGGAGGAAACGGUACAGUUUGAUAUACAAAAACUGCGAAUCUACUGUGACCCAGAGCAAAAUAAUCGAGAAACAGUCUGUGAGAUCCCAGGAUUUAAUGGAGAGUGCAUGAAUGGUCCCAGUGAUGUAGGCUCAACACCCGCCCCCUGUAUGUGCCCACCAGGAAAGCAAGGACCUCCAGGCCCCAAAGGUGACCCUGGGCAGCCUGGGAAUCAUGGUUAUCCUGGUCUGCCUGGUCCAGAUGGUAAGCCUGGAUACCAGGGAUCAGCAGGAACUCCAGGUAUCCCAGGAACUCCAGGGAUUCAAGGACCUCGUGGCUUGCCAGGUAUCAAGGGAGAACCAGGAAAAGAUGGGGCAAAGGGUGACAGUGGACUACCUGGUUUUCCUGGAUUACAUGGGAUGCCAGCACCAAAGGGAGAAAGAGGUCCUAAAGGAGAUCAGGGAGUGCCAGGAAUAUAUGGAAAAAAGGGUUCAAAAGGAGAGAAGGGUGAUACAGGGUUGCCAGGACUGCCUGGGCGAUCUGGAGACCCUGGCAGAAAUGGGAAAGAUGGAUUACCAGGCAGUCCUGGAUUCAAGGGAGAAGUUGGGCAGCCUGGAUCUCCAGGCCUAGAAGGACAUCGAGGAGAGCCUGGAAUUCCUGGAAUUCCUGGAAAUCAAGGAGAAAAAGGACAAAAGGGUGAAAUUGGACCGCCAGGUCAACCAGGAGCAAAAGGGUCACCAGGAGAUACUGGUUUGAUGGGACCAGAAGGUUCACUUGGUCUACCUGGAGCUCCUGGGCCUAAGGGUGAUAAAGGUGAACCAGGAAUACAGGGGAAACCAGGAUCAUCAGGAACCAAGGGAGAUCUAGGAGUACCAGGGGCUCCAGGUGAACCAGGCUACCCAGGCAUUCCUGGUACUCAGGGAUUAAAGGGGGAGAAAGGAAACCAAGGUGACACUGGUAUCCAGGGACUGAAAGGAGAAAAAGGAAGACAAGGAAAUCCAGGCUUACAGGGAGUAGAAGGAUUGAGUGGAGAACAAGGAGAGAAAGGUGAGAAAGGAGAUCCAGGCAUUCGAGGCGUCAGUGGACAAAAAGGAGAAUCUGGUAUCCAGGGUUUGAUUGGAGCUCCUGGCCUCAGAGGUCAGCCAGGAGAUAGAGGACCCCCAGGACCACCUGGAUCAGAUGGAAAACCUGCACGAGAAUUUUCAGAAGAGUUUAUUCGACAGGUGUGUUCAGAUGUACUGAGAACCCAGUUGCCUGCCAUUCUCCAGAGUGGAAGACUACAAAACUGUAACCAUUGUCAGUCCCAAAGUGCUCCCCCAGGACUUCCAGGCCCACCAGGUCCAAGAGGCCCUGAAGGCCCAAGAGGGUUUCCUGGCUUGCCAGGGAAUGAUGGCGUUCCGGGGCUGAUGGGCAUGCCAGGUCGCCCUGGGGCUCGUGGGACAAGAGGACUGCCAGGGAAGAAUGGUGCAAAAGGCAGCCAAGGAGUUGGUGUUCCUGGCAUCCAAGGCCCCCCAGGACCUCCAGGUCCUGAAGGUCCACCAGGCAUGAGUAAGGAAGGACGUCCUGGAGAGCGUGGGCAGCCUGGUAAAGAUGGAGAUCGUGGCACUCCAGGAAUGCCAGGACCAGUUGGACCCCCUGGAAUUUGUGACCCAUCACUGUGUUUUAGUGUAAUUGUGGGGAGAGAUCCAUUUAGAAAAGGACCAAAUUAUUAAUUUGUGAUAUGAUGCUUUAGAGGAAUAGUUACGGUGCUUGUCUUUCAUGGUCUUGCAAAUCUCAGGAAGG